AUGAUAAAAAAGUCGGACGAGUCGAGGCGAAUCCUGAGGAAAAAACUGAACAACGACAUAACAAACACCCUGUUGCUAUUCGAAAAGGUACAAGAAUGGGCAGACCUAAGCAACAUCCUGCAGAAAUUAUAUCUCACAAUAGAAAAGUACGAUGUCUUUGUGGACGUAUCAUCCAAGUUUCUCCUAUUUAGGAGGUUAUCCCAAUGCCUGAAUCCGUUGCUACCCUCAGGAGUACAUUCAAAGGCGUUGAUCAUCUAUUCGGUCAUUUUUAAAAAAGCAGAAAAAAAUUUUUUUAUAAAUAGCAUCCACAUACUAUGUUCAGGCAUCUUCGAAUUUAUGUUACAUUGUACAAUUAAUUUGAAGACUAUUUAUUUUAAGAACAUAAAAAGCAUUCUGAAUUUACGAGAAAAUGUUUACAUUUUCGCAUAUGCUCUCCUCCUUUCUCUCUUUAACGUGGUCGAUAGUGAUAACAAUAUUUUGCUGUAUAUUUAUUCUAUUAAUAAUUACAUUGGAGAAAAAAUAUUUUUUAAUAAUAUAUGGCUACUUCUACUGAGACAUAGCGAAAUUAGGACCAACAUUUUGCAUUUUUUGGAAACGUCAUUCAGUCCACAAAUACAUUUACUGUCCAAGGAUAGAAUUAGCAUGCUUCUUCCUUUUAAGGACGACUUGGUUUUGUCCUCUGUUAUUUUUUGUUUAAAGGAUAAGAGUAUCAUUAAUCAGAGAAUCACAUUAAGCUUGCUGAUUAAUAAUUUUCCUCUUAGUCAGGUGAAUUUGAGGAAUCGAAGGAAAGGGAUUCCUCGUGCUGGAGGUAGGAGUGUUGAUUAUAUUCCACGUGGAGAUCAACAUAGUGUAGGAAAUGCCGAUUAUGGUGUGCUCAGCGCGGAGCAUGGAGCUCUCGAGUCGGCGGUCGCGAGGUCCGCGUCCUACAGCGCGCGUACUCUGCAGGGGAGGAGCGGUAGGGUGGCGGCGGAUGGGGUAGCAGCAGAUGGGGUAGCAGCAGAUGGGGUAGCGGCGGAUAGGGUAGCGGAAGAUGUGAUAGCAGCACACGGAGUAGCGGCGGAUGGGGCGAUGCCUCCCCUGCGCUUCGGCGAGAAGUACGAGCGAGGGAACUCCAAAAAGAGAUACCACAGUGACAAUGACCACGAGGAGGAAGGUGAUGGGGAGUAUAGCAGCGGGUUGGCAAAGGCAAGUCAUGGUAGCAACCCUCUCAUGGGGACAACAGGUCCAGGAGGGAGUCAAACACUAUGGAGCAGUAACCACGGGGUGGGCAUGAACAACAGAGCUGCUGCAUAUAAUUAUCAGGAUGAGGAAUCACUUAGGCAAGCAAGUAAGGAAGAAAAGUGUGAAGACAACGAAAAGUUGUUAGAUCAUACGAGCAUCGGAUUUAAUGACCACUAUGAUGGAGGCAUGAUGGGGGAGAAGCACGAAGUGGAUGCGUUCGAUGGACCCCUCCCCAAGGCUGAUGUGAAGAAGGUGAGAUAUGAUGUCGACCGGGAGAGAGGCAAUUUAGAAGGAGGUGGCAGGGUCGACAUAGAUAGAGAUGGCAGGGUCGACGUAGAUGGAGCUGGGGGGACUUCUUCCCGUGGAGGACGCCCCCAAGUGGGGCUAAAGGAAGAAGUCGAGUCGGCAGCUAGCCCCUGCGUACUGUUCAACGACGUAAGUAAAAAAAUCAUCGCACGCAGUGUUAUGUUCCUAUUGCAAAAAGGAGAUAUCGGAUUAAACAGAAGAAUUUUCAAGUACCUCUAUCUGUUCGAAAAUAACGAUGAAAAGAAUUUGAAAGAAGGAAUUAUUAACAUAGAAAAUUACAAAGUAUUCAUAGAAACAGUGAUAGACGUUCUUCAAAAUAAAUUCCAUGACAACUCACAGACUGUGUCACAUGUCCUUUAUACUCUCCUAAAAAAUAUGGACUACCUAAAUAUAAACAGACUCAUUAUGAAUAAAAUUUUUCUUUUUCUUUUGAAUUUUUGUUAUAAAAAUAGGGGGAAUAAGAAGAUAAAGCAAUUUUUUCGGAACGUUUUGACAUUAAAUUUAAUUAGUUUUGAAAAUAUUUUGAAUAUUUUCCUUUGCACGUUUUACUUCCUCUUGAGGAAUUACGAUAGCUUAUUGAGACAGAAGGCUCAUGAGUACACUAAGAGAUUCACAAAUCUGAUGAAUAUUAUGACUUAUUUUAUUGAUUUCUUACGUAGAAUGAAUCGGUACGUAUACACGUACUUUUUAUUUUCGUUUAGUAUUGCUAUUUUGAGACUGAUGAGUCGCUUGAAUUUGGUUAUCCUUUCUUUGUUUAGAAAGUACAGUCACGUGAAGGAGGUGAGCGAGAGGUACUUGAUCGAGGCGCAUGAGGUGGUCUCCGGUCGGCACAGCUCGCUGUACUACUUCUUCUUCUUCGUGACGCACUAUAACAACUACUACCUGAACCGGUGCUUCGUGCUUCUGGCCAGGGAGAGCGCCUUCUUCCGCGCGAUCGUGCGCCGGCGGGGCGGCGCGUAUGGCGGCUCGUAUGUCAGCGCGAAUCAGGGGGCCUUCCCAAAUCAGGGGGCCUUCCCGAAUCAGGGGGCCUUCCCGAAUCAGGGGGCCUUCCCGAAUCAGGGGGCCUUCCCGAAUCAGGUGCCCCCCCCCGUGGAGGAGAAGAGGAACAAAAUGCAGAAGAUCGGGGAGGCGCGCGUCUACGAUGAUGAGGAUGGGUACAACUCACCAGAGAGUAAAAUAAAAUACGAGCAGUACAGCAACGAGAAGGAACUCAAAAUAAGGAUGGCUGAUACGUCUAUGGAUUAUAUGAAGCGCAAAGUGAAGAAAAAAAUAUUUGAGAGCGGUUUGAACAGCGUGUCCGCUGCGAACACGGGUAGCAUUUACAAAGUGACUAAUUUGCAGAGGGCAGAAGCGGAGGGGAAUUACGGCUCACAUGUGAAUAGUAGCAGAGGCCAUUUGAACGAAGGUGCAAGUAACAGUAGAGGUCACUUAGGGAUAUCUACCCACCCCGGUCACAGUGGGGGGGGUGGUCUCGUUAGCAGCUACAGAGUGAAGCUCGAAAAUGACGAGCGAUUUUUCUCAAUACUGCUAAAGUAUAGAGAAAAAUUGAGGCGCAAUUUGAACGACGCGAUAGUAAGGAAUAGCGAUCUGUUCUUCUUCACGAAUAACUACGAGUAUGUGAUUUUUUUAUUUUACAAUUACCAUCUGCUAGUGGAGAAGGAACAUGUGAACAGAAGCUGCUACUUUUUUUUGAAACACAUUUUGAAGAACUGCUCCUGUGACAAUGAGGAUAAGUUUUACUUCUGGUGUGUUUUGUUUCUGCACGUGGUUAGAAUAAAUUUUAAUAGAUCUCUACUUAGGGGUUCGAAGCCGACCGAUGGGGAGGUGGACAGUCCGGUUGGAGUCGGCAAGCUGUACUGUGGGAAGCGGGCCAAGGCCCCGCAGGGGGAGGAGUCCCCGGCAGGGGGGGGCGCCCUGAUGGAGAGCCAGCUGAAGAGCCAGAAGAACGAGAGGAACCAAAGUAAGCAGAAUGUGCAGAGUAAGCAGCAUGUGCAGAAUGUGCAGAAUGUGCAGAAUGUGCAGAAUGUGCAGAAGAACCACGCAGGGGAGUACACCGAAAUGAGGACCAUGGAGGAGCUGAAGGGGAAGAAGAGAAACACCCCGCAUAACCACUUUGCCAACACGGAGCAGGCACUCCUGUUCAGCAUUACAUUCCUGGAGGGGGUACUGAUCUACGCCAACAAAAUAGUUAAGCGAAUAUUCCAUUACAUCAAAAUGUUGAGAAAAAAUAAAAAAUUUAUAAAAAUAUUUUUCGAUAUCAACUAUUUGUAUUUUUUCUGUGAUAAUAUGUAUUGCUUGAAGAUUUGGAGAGACUCUAUAAAAUGCAAAGAUGACUACGAGUUGACAAUAAACGUGAGAGUAAUUUUGGAAUUUAUUUUAAAUAAUAAGACAAGUGAGUACCAUAUUAUCCACUCAAAUUUUUACAACCUCACUCAUGAUGUAUUUAAGUUAUACAAUCGGAACAACACUCUCAUCAAUUACUACAUGAUUAAGUUUAUAAAAAGCAACAAAAAGAAUUUGGCCUACAUUUUGGAUAACAUAGUUAUUAGUAUGUUUGAUUUGAUUAACGAGAUUGAGGAGGGACUAGUAUCCUGUGGAGCGGUUGACGGUGCGAGUUACGAGGAGGUAGCGUUGAGCGGUGGGUUGCCUUUGGCCAGCGGCGGGUUGCCUUUGGCUAGCGGCGGGAUGCCUUUGGCCAGCGGCGGGUUGCCUGUGGCUGGCGGUGGGUUGCCUCUCUCGAGCGGCGGGUUGCCUCUGGCUAGCGGCGGGCUGCCCCUCUCGAGCGGCGGUGCUGCCAUGAGCGCCCAACGCAUAAGCGCGCAGAGCAACUAUGAAAAGUGCUUGCGGAAACUGAAGUGCAAAUUUGAUUACAUAAACUUUUUUUUCACGGGCAUCGAAAAUUUCAUUCUGUGGUUGUACAAGCACAGGGUGAGUAAAAAAAUUUACAAUGCAAGGAACAAGAUGUCGCUGCAGAAUUAUGAGAAGAACCUGCACAUAGUCAUGUGCUACAUUUGCACCGAGGGGAACUUAAGCGCUGCUUACUUUAGGAACUACCUCGACGUGUUCUUCUUGCUGUUUUUGAAGAUCAUUUAUAUUAACGAGAACGUGGGGGAGAUCGGGACCGGCGCGGGCGACAGUGCCAUUAGCGCGGUUAGCGCGGUUAGCGGCACGAAUAACGCCAACGUCAGUAAUGGAGUUAGUGACGAUCAGGCCGCUAGCUCAGCUAACCCAGCUAACUCCGCCAACCCAGCCAACACAGCUAACUCCGCCACCCCUGAUAAGGCCGCUCCCCCUGAUAACUCCGCCAAUCCCGCCCCCCCCGCGCAUAGCGGCGCCCUGCAGAAGGAAAAGAACUCGCUGAAGCAGAGCAUGCUGCUGGAGUUCAAGCGAGACGUGAUCAACCUCAUCACACACAUAUUAUACUGUGCAUACAGUUACAACAAAAAAAUGGAUUACAUAAAAAUACUCAACAGCUACUACCGACAAAUCAUUCAUCACAUUCUAUUCCUGUACUUUUAUUUCACCCUAAAGAAAUAUUACAGUUUGCAAAUCCAGCUCAUCAGUUUCAUAAAAAAUAUACUUCCCCUGUACGAAACGAAUACAGACAAAAAUGUGUUUUCCUGUGAUGUAUUAGAGAAGGACAUUACAUUUAGGAAGGUCAUGAAACACACCAAUUAUGAGGAAUUUAUUUUAGCUAGCAAGUACCAUUAUGAAUUAAUUAACAGAAAUAAUUUACGUGUAAAAAAUGACGUAUUCAUAUUUAGUAUCCUCAGGAAAAGUAUGACGAUUAUAUUUAAUUUUAAUGAACAGGUAAUAUACAAAGAGACAAUUAUUUAUUUGAUUGAAAAUAUUAUUUUGGAGAAGGAUGUGAAAGAUGAAUUAAAAACACAACUAAAAUUUCAAAACAGAUUCGAAUACGAUGGAAAUAUAACUGUUGAUGAUAUUGAGAAUAGUUUAUGUGAAGGUAAAAUAUCCACUGCUGCUUUUUGUACCGUUUUUUCUAUCAAAACUGAUGAUAAAUUUGUGAAUGUACAGCAGAAAAAUAUUUCGACUCUCUUUUCUGUUAUCUUCAAUUUGUAUGCCUAUUUGAAGAAGAGGCUUAGGGUGUACUGUCGGAGUAAUAGAAGCCUUCUCACUCACGAUGAUCGGAACGCCCCUCCGAACAGCAGCCACUACAACAACGGCAGUAGCAUGUACAACAACGGCAGUAGCAUGUACAACAACGGCAGCAACAUGUACAACAACGGCAGCAACAUGUACAACAACAAUAGCAGUGUGUAUAAUAAUAAUGGAAGCAUGUAUAAUGAGAAUGGCGGUCCCGUCGGAGCAGGAGCUGGUAGUGGAACCAUCGACCCGGCUGGUGGAACUGUGGACCCACUUAACACCAGCAACAACGAUGGUGGCAUGUUUGCCAACGUGUUUGCUCAAGGCAGCAACGAGCAAAUGGGCGGAGGGAGCGACUACCUGGUGCAGAAUUACGGACAGGACAACGCAAGUUUUUCCUUCCCAGGGGAGAUUAACGUUGACGGUGAGUUCGCCCAUGGGAAUGGUGGAACAGUGGGGGCGUACCCAAACGGGAAGUAUAUUUAUCGUGAAAAUUUGAACCAAGGGAGGGGCGAGGUGAUGACUCAAGGCAUUUACCGAAAGGGAGACGGUUUGAACAACGUCGUGGUGAGCAGCGGGGCCUAUCCAAGCGCGUACUACGGAAGCGUUGGGUAUGAACAUGAGCAGAUUCGAAUGGACGAGACGAUGCAUGGGGAUGCGUUGGGAGUGGGGGGAAGUCAGCAGAGAGGAGGUAACCUGGGAGGGGGCAAUCCAGGAGUAGGUCUUUUACGAAGCGACAUGCAAGGAGGGGAGUCCCCCCGCCAGCAGAUGCACGACGUGAAGAACGGGACGUUUAGCAGCAAUCAGUUGGCGAGUGUAAUGGGUGAGGUGGGCAUGGAGACGGGCCCUGUAGGAGUGACCACAGGAGGGAGAGCAGACGGAGCGGCAUCAGCAGCGAUGGGGUCUCUCACGAAGGACUUCAGCUUCAAUAUGCAGAACGAAAAUGUAUUUGCGAAGACGGACGAUAGUACGCUAGCCUUGUCCAAUCGAAUCGAACACUCCUUCCUGUACAGAGGGAAAAUAAAGAGCAACGGUGCCUCGAACGAAGGAUCCAAGAGAAACAAAAAGAUACUCCUACUGAAGGUGUGCCUACGGAACAUCAUUUCGAUAAAUAAAUUGCUUUAUUUCGUGACGAGAAGCGACUUCCUCUUUAUAGAUAAUCUUUACAUUAUCUUUAAGGAGUACAUCUCGAAGAGGAAGGAGUACAAUGACGACAAGGUGGAGGAGUCGGAUGACGACACGGCUUCGUCCACACAUGAACACAGGAAUCGGUUUUUGAAGAGCGUCAUGAGGGUGGGUCGCAUGGGGAACGGUCAGCAGCAAGAGGGGGGUGACAACGACGAAGGGGAUGGCGAAGGGGAUGACGAGGAGGAGGACGACGAGGAGGAUGACGACGAUGACGACAGCUGCGACGGAAACUACAACGACAGUGAAAACGACUACGAUAGGGACGACUACAACGAGUACAACUAUGAAGGGAACGACCACGAUAGCGACUACGACGACAGCGACAGCGACCACGAUGAGCAGAAAAUUAUUCAAGAGCACGUGGACCAUUUCGUUGAUGAUAAGGGAGCGAUCAUGGGACGGGCAAACAUCAACAAGGGAAUGAGCAGCGGAAAAAAAAAAAGAAAAAAGGAAAGAAUAAGAGAAUACUUCAGGAGGGAAAAAAAAUUGUUAAAAAAAUUUAAUUUUAUUGGAAAAUUUAGUAAAAGCUCGAUGAAAAAAAGUAUGAUUGUUAUGAACAAGUCAGGUGAAUUUAUGGAAAAAAAAAAAUUAUCAUUUUCGCUAACUCUGUUAACAGAAUUUCAUGACGACAUACUGGUGAAAAUUUUGGACGAUUUAUUAAAUUAUUAUGAGAAAUAUAAGACAAAAAUUAACAUAAAUGAGUUUAUGAAUUUUGUGUUUCACAUUUAUUUGAACAUUUGCACACUUACGAAGAGAAUUAUUAACUGCAUUUAUCAAUUUUAUGUUUUCACUCAUAAAGAAAAUUACGCAGACUUCUCAAAAUAUUAUGAGUAGAUGAGGAAUUUGAAGCUUAUAGAGAGAAAUUUUAACAUUAAUGAUUACUCUGAGAUAGCUGCCAUCAACGCGUUGUCUUUCCUCCUUCUUUGUUUUUAUCAUGUCGUUGUGAAUAGCGGCACUUUGGGGGAUGCUACAUCAAAUGGUAAUGGUGUGAAUCACGGCGCAGCGCAUGGUACUGGUCACACCGCUGCACACGUCACAUCACAUAGUAACAACAGUACUAGUGGAAACAAUCAAGGUAGCAAUGGACACGGUGCUAACCAGACUCUCCUGAUUAUUAUUAACAUUUUGGUCAAACGUAAUGUUAGUUUUAUUAAUUUUUAUUCUUGGAUUUUUUUCAAGGACAUUUCUAUUAAGAGGAACUCCUUUUCGGCGCACAGGCACAUGGGCAACUACGCCAGCGGGGGCAGCGGCAUUGGCGGGGUUGGCGGAGUUAGCGGCAUUGGCGGCAUUAGCUUAGUUAGCGGCGGAGGCUCUCCUCUGCGAAGUGGCCGCCCCGGCGUGCGCACGCAGGGCGUAGAGGGAGGAAACGCACCGCAAGUAGACCCCCCCACCCUUGACAACCAAGUGGAGAAGGAUCUAGAAGCCAAUGGGGAGCUCAUCCAAGGAGUUAGUUUCCAACCGGACGGAAGAACACCCAAAAAAAAUGUGUUGGAGGAUGGGGAAGAGGAUUAUUUCGCAUCGUGUGCAAACCAAAAGGAACACAACCUCGAUGGGGAAAAGGAUGAUAUAAUUACCAUCCUGUUGAAUGCCAAUCAGGAGGAGGACCCAUUUAGCAAAGGAAGUAGCAUGUCACCAUCUCACAUGAUAAAGAACACAGCGCUGCAGAAUAAGGGAAGAACGGAGGAGGGGAGAUUUGUUGCCUUCCUUGACAUUAUUGAAAAGCUGUACACACCCGCAACUCCGCAUAAGAGAUACAAAUUAGGUGCCGACGGAGGGGGGGACGCUAAUAGUGUCAACGAGGCGAUUGCAGCUACUGGAGAGGGAAGCCCGAGAAGUACAAACGCCGCCCCCCCUGUUCAAAACAGCAGCAGAAAUAACCAGGCGAACGACCCAGGGGUUAGAUUCCUCGACGAGUUGGAAAACGAAAAUGCAGAGGGAGAUCACCACAGCUAUGGAGGAGCAGACCAUCGUGAUCGCCGAAGCAGGCGAGACCAUCACAACAGCUACGCCAACAAUGUAAAGAAAAACCUCUACUACUGUGAUAACUACCUAAGUGAGUACAUACUCAACACGAAGAAUCAGCUCUCAGGAUACUCCUCGUGUGAAAAUAACUUAAGUAGCUCCUCUGUGAACUCCGUAAGGAGUAAUUUCUCCAACAAUUUUUCAAAAGAUAUGAGAGCAUUUUUGUCCGAUUCUUCGGAUGACCCUGACGUUAGCAACAGCAGCUCCAAUGAUGUUAGCCACCUUUCUCACAUGAUGCCAAAUGUAGAGAAUGAUGAAGAGAUGUCCUCAGACGAUAUGUACAGCAUGGCAAAUGACAAAUGGAACCAUAAUAUCCCCCUCAUUUUAGUGUACUUGUCCAAAAAAAUUAAAUUAAAUUUUUACAAAUAUUCUAUGAAGAAGCCCAAGGACGAGACCCUCAUUCUGCUCAAGGAGUUGAACUCUGUGGAGAACGAGAUUAACGAUUUGUUUUUGGAAGUGGACCUGAACCAGGUGUACGCGGACUUUCUCAUGAGGUAG